GAAGGAAGUGAUGGUUUCGGGUAAGGUUGCUGAAACUGGCCUCGUCUAUGCUGUAUUGGGCAGUUAAGGGAAUACAAAGAUCCUUCACCUUCUCCCUCUUUAUUAUUGCCCUUUUUCCCAACACCUACCCUUCUCUCUCGUCCUAGGUUUGAUUUUUUCUUCUCUCUCUCUUCUUCUCAUUCCCCUUCUUUCAUCUUUCUUUCUUUCAGUUUCUCUCUCUUUCUCAAUUAAAGUCCACACACACUCACUUGGGCCUUGGCUUGCAUCCAAACCAGAGCAAGAAGAAACUGAGAGAGAGAGAGUACCAUGAAUCAUAAAUCUCCUUGUACUUUAAUUUCGAUAUAUUUUCUUUCUCUCGCUAAUGCCUGAGGCUCUAUCUAUAUAGUAGCUACCUGAAGGCUGAAACAAGUGUUCAAAACUUGAAACAAGAAACGGAAGAAUGUGGGAUCUGAAUGACUCUCCCGACCACAGAAAGGACUACGACUCUGAAGAAGCUUGUUCUUCACCCAAGACUACCACUACUUCCAUGGACGAUGACGUCAGAGGCAAGACCCUCCGAUCUGCCUCCAAUUCCAGCUCCUCUGCAGUCCUCCUAGAAGACGGAUCCGAAGAAGACGAAGAACAAGCCAGCAGAACAACAACUACUCUCAACAACAUCAACAGUAGCAGCAAGAUAUUCGGCUUCUCCGUCACCCCCAUGGACGGUGACGACAACCCUCCCGUCACCCACCAGUUUUUCCCGGUGGAGGACUCCGGCUGUGGCGGAGGAGGAGGAGGAGGAGGAAGCUCGUCGUCGUCGUCGUUCCCUCGAGCUCACUGGGUUGGCGUGAAGUUCUGCCAAUCGGAAGCAGUAGUUGGGGGCGGUGGGAAAUCGGCGGCGGUGGAAGUCUCUCAGCCUAUGAAGAAGAGCCGGAGAGGACCAAGGUCUCGGAGCUCACAGUAUAGAGGAGUCACCUUUUACCGAAGAACGGGUCGUUGGGAAUCUCAUAUUUGGGAUUGUGGAAAACAAGUUUAUCUGGGUGGAUUUGACACCGCACAUGCAGCUGCUCGUGCUUAUGAUAGAGCGGCAAUUAAGUUCCGCGGAGUGGAGGCUGACAUUAACUUCAACAUAGAAGACUACGAAGAAGACUUGAAGCAGAUGACGAAUUUGACAAAGGAAGAAUUUGUGCACGUGCUUCGGCGACAAAGCACUGGGUUUCCAAGAGGAAGUUCCAAAUAUAGAGGUGUUACCUUGCACAAGUGUGGAAGAUGGGAGGCUCGUAUGGGCCAAUUUCUAGGCAAAAAGUACGUUUAUCUGGGCCUCUUUGAUACUGAGAUUGAAGCUGCCAGGGCUUAUGACAAAGCAGCAAUCAAAUGCAAUGGCAAAGAGGCCGUCACCAAUUUUGAUCCCAGCAUCUAUGAAAACGAGCUUAAUUCUGAAUCGUCAGGAGGCAACGGUGCAGCAGAUCACAAUCUGGAUCUAAGUUUGGGCAAUCCAAGUUCAAAGCAUAGCAGUAAUCAAGCACUGGGGACAACGGAUUGGCACAAUGAGGGAGCCAACAAUAACAAGCAUAAGCUGGUGAAUAUACUACCAAAACCAUGUAGUAGUAGAAGCAACAUAGAGCAGCAUGGACAGCGUGAGAGUGAAGCCAUGGCCCCAAUGCCGCGGCUGCAUCAAACUCAAUUUCCGCUCUCAAACGAAAUGCAUAGAUACGGUCCUUAUUAUAGAUCCCAUCAUGCAGCUGGAGACACUCCGCAUCAAAUGCUACACGCGUUUCCACCAAAUUUUCAUUUUCCAAGCAGCAGCAAAGGAGGCCGAAUUGGAAGCGAGCUUUCGCUGUCAUCAUCAAUGAGCGAUCAAGAACAACAUGUACAGUGGCAAGCAGGAGCUGGAGGAGGGCCUCCACAUUUGUUAGCAACUGCUGCUGCAGCAUCAUCAGGAUUCCCGCCGCAGAUUUUAACACCCUCCCAAGGUUGGAUCCACAAAAAUGGCUUCCACACUCUCAUGAGACCCUCUUAAUCCAUCAUUUCUUUUUCCACAUUCAAAUAAUUAAUUAAUUAUUUUAAUUAAUUAAUCUCUUCCACCUCCUCCCUUUUUUUGUGAGCAUAUUUCUUAUAUUUAUAUUUAUAUAUAUGUACAAACAAAUGGGUGCAUUCUAGUCUCUAUUGUUUUAGUAAGCCCAUACAAAAACCAUAACUUUACCAUGGAGGUGAAAGAAGGGAUAAAAUGGAAAAAAAGGAAACCCAAUUUGGGAAUUCACUGGUCUUGCUCUGCCUCAGUCAAACUAACAAACCGACGCAAAAAUCUUUUAACUCUAGAUACUAUAGAUUCUGCCCUCUGACUCAAAUUAUUAUCAUCAUUUAUAAAUAUUAUUUAUAUGUAUAUUUAUUACAUUGUUACUAUUUUUAUUUUU